GUGCACAGUGGAUGAUUGGAGAUGUGGAGCUCAGUGCUGCCCCUGCUGGUGACCAUCAGUCCUGCACUCCUCUUCCUUCCUGACCACACCAACACACAGGACGAACACUGGCAGGACUACAAAUAUGGCCGCCAACAAGACUCGGAGGUACCAGACAAAAAGUCAUUCUGCUCCUGGAAAUGUCUGCUGUUCACUCUGCAGUGGCCCGGAGCUUUCUGCCAGUCUCUGGAUGAACCGUCACUCUGCAAGAUACCUCAGAAUGUGAACAACUGGACGAUCCACGGCCUCUGGCCUCUCCGUGUGAGGGACUGCUGUAAAUGCUGGCCCAUGUUCAAGUCUGACGUCCAGGACCUGGAGGCCGAGCUGCAGGAACACUGGCCGUCUCUACUGCAGUCCCAUCCCAGCUUCCUGUUUUGGAGAGAAGAGUGGAUAAAACACGGUGUGUGUGCAGCGUGUGUUGAGGGGAUGAACUCUCCUCUCAGAUACUUCCAGCUCAACCUCAAACUGAGAGCACAGUUUGAUAUCCACAAGCUGCUGGAGGUCGCUGACAUCUCUCCGUCUUGUGAGCGACCGUACAAGCUCUCUGAGGUUCAUCAGGCUCUGGCUCCACUCCUGGGGGAGAAGCUUCAGAUCCAGUGUGUGACCGACGACCAGGAGAGGGAGGUGUGGUUCCAGGUGAAGAUCCCGCUCUCUCACAACCUGACGGUCGGCUGUGAUCACCAUGUCGACGCUGACCCGCCCCACCCUCCUCACGGUCACCCCUGCCACCCCCAGACCCCCUUCUACUAUUUCCCCAUCGACCACCAACAGCCCCAGACGCCCUGCGGGUAACAGCGGCACGCAGAGAAACAUAACUCUGAUGGGAAGACGCUUGUCUGGAUUAAACGUGACGAUUACUGUAUACUUUUGUGUCUUUUGGACGUGGCUAAGCGCUGGAGUUAUUGGAAAUGUAAGAGUGGAACUCAUGUCAAAUAUCUCCAAAAGAAGGUGUGACGUUUUUUUUGUUUCAAAUGUGAAGAAAAGAUGUCAAUGUUUUUGAAAAAAAUGUGAAUGUUGUCCAAACUGAUGGUGUUAAUAUUUAGUAAAAGCAUGAAGCCAACACAAUGCAAUGAUCGUACUUCCAGAUGUAAUGUUGAUCCCUCCAAAGCUUCAGUCUCUGUGUUUUAAACUCAGAGAGGAGGCUCCUAAACUAAAAGCACAUUACACUGUGGACCUGAUGAAGGCGUUGGAUGGAAAGUCAGAUGGUCACCAAACGUUUUGCAGUUCCGACAGAGUGUCGUUAGAACAACAUUUCCCCUUUGAUCAAUGUCUCCGGAAGGGGCUCAGUGUCAGUCGAAGUCAUUUACUAAAUAAAAAAAGUUCCAAAUCCUCGAUGAAGCCACGUAAACGGACUGAAACCACACCGGAGGAAACAGGACGAGCCUCUGCAGCAGAUCAGAGCGGGACAACAUCUCUAAUAAAACCACAAGGCGUCAGCUACUGACUCCACUCCUUUAGAAACACACCAGCUGAACUCACGGGGGCGGGGUUCAUUUAUAUCACUUAUUCAUGUAUCAGCUGGGAUGAAUUCCAGCAGACCUAACACAAACAAAACCCCCCAACACUUUACUUUAUCUGACAUUCAGAGUGGAAACCAAUCCUGUCUUGACUCUGUGAAACCCUGAUCCCCUUCAGCUCAAUAUCUGAGACACCGCAGCUGUUGUUCCUUCCGAAUCCUGCGGUUGUCAUGGCAGAGUCUUACAACGUUCAAAGGGUCAUUUAAGUCGAGUCCUCGUGUAGUGCGCCAUACAAAUCUAAAGAAGUGAUGGUUCUAUUAAACUGACUGAACAAGAGGUAUACAAAGCCGCAGUACACGAUGCCACCGUCAGGAAGUAGUAGUAGUAGUAGUAGUGGUAGUAGUAUUGGUAGUAGUAUUGGUAGUAGUAGUAUUGGUGGUAGUAGUAUUGGUAGUAGUAGUAUUGGUAGUAGUAUUGGUAGUAGUAUUGGUAGUAGUAGUAUUGGUAGUAGUAUUGGUAGUAGUAGUAGUAGUAGUGUAGUAGUAUUGGUAGUAGUAUUGGUAGUAGUAGUAUUGGUGGUAGUAGUAUUGGUAGUAGUAGUAUUGGUAGUAGUAUUGGUAGUAGUAUUGGUAGUAGUAGUAUUGGUAGUAGUAUUGGUAGUAGUAGUAGUAGUAGUGGUAGUAGUAGUGGUAGUAGUGGUAGUAGUAUUGGUAGUAGUAUUGGUAGUAGUAGUAUUGGUAGUAGUAUUGGUAGUAGUAGUAGUAGUAGUGGUAGUAGUGGUAGUAGUAGUGGUAGUAGUAGUGGUAGUAGUAGUAGUAGUGGUAGUAGUAUUGGUAGUAGUAGUAUUGGUAGUAGUAGUAUUGGUAGUAUUGGUAGUAGUAGUAGUAGUAGUAUUGGUAGUAGUAGUAUUGGUAGUAGUAGUAUUGGUAGUAGUAGUAGUAGUAGUAUUGGUAGUAGUAGUAGUGGUAGUAGUAGUGGUAGUGGUAGUAGUAGUGGUAGUAGUAGUAGUAGUAGUGGUAGUAGUAUUGGUAGUAGUAGUAGUAGUAUUGGUAGUAGUAGUAGUGGUAGUAGUAGUGGUAGUGGUAGUAGUAGUGGUAGCAGUAGUAGUGGUAGUAGUAUUGGUAGUAGUAGUAUUGGUAGUAGUAGUAGUAGUAGUGGUAGUAGUAUUGGUAGUAAUAAUCAUGGUAUCCCCCCCCCCCCCCCCAGGAGAGGGAGGUGUGGUUCCAGGUGAAGAUCCCGCUCUCUCACAACCUGACGGUCGGCUGUGAUCACCAUGUCGACGCUGACCCGCCCCACCCUCCUCACGGUCACCCCUGCCACCCCCAGACCCCCUUCUACUAUUUCCCCAUCGACCACCAGCAGCCCCAGACGCCCUGCGGGUAACAGCGGCACGCAGAGAAACAUAACUCUGAUGGGAAGACGCUUGUCUGGAUUAAACGUGACGAUUACUGUAUACUUUUGUGUCUUUUGGACGUGGCUAAGCUCUGGAGUUAUUGGAAAUGUAAGAGUGGAACUCAUGUCAAAUAUCUCCAAAAGAAGGUGUGACGUUUUUUUUGUUUCAAAUGUGAAGAAAAGAUGUCAAUGUUUUUGAAAAAAAUGUGAAUGUUGUCCAAACUGAUGGUGUUAAUAUUUAGUAAAAGCAUGAAGCCAACACAAUGCAAUGAUCGUACUUCCAGAUGUAAUGUUGAUCCCUCCAAAGCUUCAGUCUCAUAGCCGUUAUUACUCAGCACUGUGAAAUGUUGUUGUAGAGCUAAAAGAUGUUUGAUCAGGAUACGUGUUCAACAAAUGACGGCUUUUGGACUUCACAGUCAUUUAAGAACAGUCAAGUGUUGGACAUCUCCGAGGUGAUGUGAAACGAACACAGACAAGAAAAACCUUUUGGAUUUAAAGUUUAUUAUCUUUUACAGACGUAAUAAAAACCCACAUGUAGACGAGUCUCA